GCCCUGACCCCAUUUUUUGUACUAAACCCUCAACGAUUGAGUCUCUCUCUCUCUCUCUCUCGUCUUUCUUAAUGGCUAUCCAAGUAGUCACCAUUGUUUCUCUUGUUUUCUUCUUAUGCAUCCAUGGAAUCUAUUGUGAUUAUGGAGGAUGGCAAAGUGGUCAUGCUACUUUUUACGGCGGAGGCGAUGCAUCAGGCACGAUGGGAGGAGCUUGUGGCUAUGGCAACUUGUAUAGUCAAGGGUAUGGCACUAACACCGCAGCACUAAGCACUGCUCUGUUCAACAAUGGCUUGAGCUGUGGCUCGUGCUACGAGAUGACUUGCUCCAAUGACGCGCAAUGGUGCCUCCCGGGGACCAUAACCGUCACGGCUACAAACUUCUGCCCUCCUAACCCUGGCCUGUCUAAUGACAAUGGUGGGUGGUGCAAUCCUCCUCUCCAGCACUUUGAUUUGGCUGAGCCUGCUUUCUUGCAGAUAGCCCAAUACCGAGCUGGAAUUGUUCCGGUUUCAUUCCGAAGGGUGCCCUGCACAAAGAAGGGAGGAAUAAGGUUUACAAUAAAUGGGCAUUCCUAUUUUAACCUUGUAUUGAUCACAAACGUUGGUGGUGCUGGGGAUGUCCAUUCUGUAUCAAUCAAGGGUUCUAACACAGGAUGGCAGCAGAUGUCUAGAAACUGGGGGCAAAACUGGCAAAGCAACUCAUACCUCAACGGCCAAAGCCUCUCGUUUCAAGUCACGACCAGUGAUGGAAGAACUGUCACUACCUACAACAUUGCCCCAGGGAAUUGGCAAUUUGGACAAACAUUUGAAGGUGGUCAAUUUUAGGCUAGACCAUAUUGGACACGAAAAUUAAGUCUUGUUCGUUGUCGUGAUGGCUCUACUGCAGUGGUGGCUGGUUAGCCACCCGUUAGGGGCCUACAUAUAGAUACAUAUAGUCAGCUAUACAUAUAUGUUCAAAGUGCUGACUAGGAUUGUGUGAAGCCACAGUUUCAUAUAAAAUCUGUACAUUGAAUCCCUGACUCUGAAAGUCUAAUCAGGGCUACUAUUAUAAAUGAUUUUCCUUUUCCAUAUCGAAUUUA